AUGUCCGACGACGAAUUCGACGACUUUGACUCGUUCGCCGUAGACGAGAGCUUUCUCCGCCAGGUGGACGACAUUGCAGCUCGCGCCGUCCAGACCAACCCCCCUGGCCGGUCUCCCCCACCGGCACUCCGCCCGCCAGUCUACACUGUCCUCGCUCGUGCGGCUAUGGCAUCCCCUGCUCCCAAUCCCGCCAACCCUCCCUUUCGUGCGCCCACUACAUCCACGUCGCGCGCCGCACCACUCGCCCGUGCCGACCCCGAUGCUGGUACUUCUCGCCGCGCCGCCGCCUUAGGUGUGCGUUUGCCUCGUCCGCCACCAAGCGACGACGACUUUGGGGACAUGUCGUUCACUGUCGAGUCGCUCGAGCAGAUCGAUGCAGCUGUACAGGCCCCUCAGCGUCCCACGUCGGCCACGGGCUCGCGGUUACCUCGCGGCCGCGCUCUCGGGCGCACGACCAGCGGCGGCUUCCAGACGCACUUAAACUUUCACCGCGAGUUCCAGUACACCAAGGGAAAGCGAUGGGACCGUACUGCGUUUGCAGCCAGCGGACGACGCGUCGGUGCCGAGUCGGCCAAGAAGAAGGGCAAGGGAAAAGGACGAGCGUACGAGGAUGAUGAUGACGAUGACGAAGAGGACUUGGACGACGAACCCCUGGCGCCUCCUCCCAAGCCGCUCGUUGACAUCAGCAAGCCCUACGAUCCCCAAAAGCACGACUACAACCCCAUCUCCAUCCGAAACUACAUCUACCCCACCAACCACCCCAAACGCGACUACCAAUACGACAUUAUCCGCGCGUGCUUUACGGACAACUGUCUCGUUGCUCUCCCUACAGGUCUGGGAAAGACAUUCAUUGCGGGAGUUGUUAUGCUCAACUUUUACCGCUGGUUCCCUACGGGCAAGAUUGUCUUUCUCGCUCCGACCAAGCCGCUCGUCAACCAGCAGAUCGAGGCGUGCCAGCUCGCAUGCGGUAUUCCCAGCGCAGAUGCUGCUGUCAUGACUGGGUCAAGUGUCAGCGCCAACCAGCGUGCCAAACUUUGGGACGAGCGGCGAGUCUUCUACUGCACACCGCAGACUCUGGACAAUGACCUCAAGCGCGGGGCCGUUGACCCUCGAGAUAUUGUCCUUGCGGUGUUUGAUGAAGCCCACAAGGCGUCGGGGUCGUAUGCGUAUACCACCAUUCUCGCAUACAUCACAGCCCAUCACCCAUUCUUCCGCGUGCUGGCCCUAACCGCCACUCCAGGCGGCGACGUGCCCAAGGUCCAGGGUGUCGUCGACGCUCUGCACAUCAGUCGUAUCGAGAUCCGCGAGGCUGAGGCCCCCGAGAUCAAAAAGUACAUGAACGAGAAGAAAACGGAAAAGCACGUCGUGGACGCAGGUCCGGUCAUUGGAGAACUCCGUGACCGUUGGGCAGCAGUUAUGCGCCCGUUCAUUCAGAAACUAGUUGACAAGAAUGUCCUAACGGAACGCGAUUUGGAUGCCAAGCGCCUCAAACCGUAUCGCCUUACUGCCAAGCGUAUGGAGAUUGGGCGUGACCGCAACUCUGGUCUUAUGUGGACGAUGGGCCCUCUGCAAAACAUUGAGCGCAUGGCUCGGGCGAUGGGCAACCUGCUCGAAUUCUCCCUAACCAUGUUCCACUCGACGCUGCUAGAGCUCGCGGGCAACUCGACAAACGAUGGCAAGAAGGGCAACUCGCGUGCCGGAGCAAACUCUAUUCGCAACAACAUCGAGUUUCAGCGCAUCCUCAGCGACGUCGAGGGCGAGCUCAACGACAUCGGGAGACGACGCAACGGCAAGACGAUGGUGGACAAGCACCCCAAGAUGCAGACGACGCUCGAGUUGCUUCUCGCCCACUUUGCCCAAGCCGAAGAGGACGAGAAAAUCCACGGUAUCAAGAACGACACGCGUGCCAUGGUGUUCUGCUCGUUCCGAGAGUGUGUCCUGGACAUUGUGGACAUGUGCAAUGAGCACCCAGACCUUCUCAAGGCGACCAAGUUUGUCGGUCAGUCGCAGGGCAAGCAAGAGCGCGACAAGGGCUUCAACCAGAAAGAGCAGAAGAAAACCAUCCAAGAGUUCAAAGAGGGCAAGUUCAACAUCCUCGUCGCCACGUCCAUUGGCGAGGAGGGUCUGGAUAUUGGCGAGGUCGACUUUGUGGUCAUCUAUGACAUGCCCAAGCAGUCGAUCAAGCUCCUCCAGCGCAUUGGUCGUACGGGACGCAAGCGUGACGGCAAGGUCCAUGUCCUCAUGUCUCAGGGCCGCGAGGACUUGAACUGGGACACUGCGCAACAGACCCACCGCGACAUCCAGGAAGAGAUCCUCCACAGUCGCAACCUCGAGCUCUUUGAGGAUGUCGAAAAGCUACUGCCCCGCGGCGCGUUGCCAGAAUGCGUCGAGAAGGAGAUGGAUAUCGACCCAUGGGAUCCUGCCGAUCAGAAGAAGAAGCGCAAGCUCGCCUCUGCCCCGGAGAAGACUAAGAAGUCGACCACCAAGAAGCGUGGCUACGAUGUUCCCGACGACGCACCACAAGGGUUCCAGAGCGUCGCCGAGCUUCUCAAGAAGGCGGCAAAGCGCAAGCGCCAAACAAGCGACGGCGAGGAAGAGGACGAUGAAGAGGUGGAGGAGCGCAGCGAGGAUGAUGACGAGGAUGGCGAUGCCGAAGACGCCCUGCUCUACGGAUCUGUCAAGUCGGCUCGCAACGGUGCGGUCCCCAAGAAGCAAGUUGCUCGUCCGAAGGUCAAGAAGGCCAAGGCUCCCACAAAGGAGGAGACAGCACAAGAGAAGGCACGCGAGCGCGACGAAAAGCAAAGGCAAGAGCGCGCUGCCGCCGAGGCCCAGCGCAAAGAGAAUGAGGCCGCCGAGCGUACGCGCCUCAGCCGCCAGGCCAUCGACUUCUUCAACACGCAGGGCCUUGUGCGCAGGCGCAGCCCAACGCCUCCAAGCUCUCCUCCCAAGUCUUCACCUCCGUCAUCGCCUGUCGGACAGGCUGCAACUACCGUUCAGAAUGGUAUCAGGCUGUCUCCUCGCACAGCUGCUGCUGCGGGUUUCUCCCAGAUUAUCGACUUCAGCUUCGACGACGAUGACGAAGACCCCGACGAGCCUGUCAUCUUCUCCUCGCCGCCCCGUCGCGCGCCGCCUGCUCGUACCAACCGAGCUUUGGCAAACGACAUGCCCCCACCACCCCUACCGAGCUCACCAAUCCGCCGUCAGAGCGCAGCCAUUGCUUUUGAUACGCCCCUUGGCGACACUCCUGUUGCCGUCAUGACACCCAGCACCGGACCCACUCCCUUCCCGGUCCGUGGCGGUGCUCGCCGACGAGCCUUUCCGUCCUCUGAUCUAGAUGACAGCCCUGCCCCGCGCCCACUCCAGCGCCUUCGCCGUCGUCUACCGAGCACGGAACCCGCUGAGCCCGAAUCUCCCGCACCACCACCACGACCUCGAUCCCGCCCCCGAGACCCAGCCCGUCGCGAACGCCACCGUGCAGCGGCCAACACCCUGAUGGAGCUCGACGCCGGCGUGUCUGGCUCCGACGUAUCGUCCGAUGAGUCCUCGGGCGUCGAAGACGACAGCGACCGCCGUUUCGCAGGCGACUUCCAGGCCACUCAAGCUCCCAGAGGCUACAACCAACGCGCGGUGUAUGCUGCAGGUUUGAGCACACAGGGUGGUGCCGGCGUCGGCCUGGGGUUCGCGAAUGGAGCCGACCGCAGGGCCGCAUUCAUGGCCAAGGCGCGCCGCGCCGUCCUCGUCAGCGACGACGAGAGGAGCAGUGACAACGAGUAUGAGUUGGGAAGCUUCGUGUGUGAUGAUGAGGACGAGAUGGCGUUCAUGUCGCAAAGUGACCCGCUUGGAAGCGGCCUGUGA